AUGCAAAACCAUUUUAAUAAAUCUGCUUCAGAUAUUGUUUACAAACCAUCAAAACAAAUAAUGAUUGAAUCAAAUGUGUCUGCAACGUUUGAAGAAGCCCAAAAAUUAAUUAAUGAAAUUAAAAAUAUAGUUUCAAAUAUCAAAUAG